AUGUUAAAGUCAGUUCAAACAGACGGACGACAACCAUUCGAAUUGUCGAAUGAACUGUCGACUGAACUGUCCAAUGAACUGUCGAAUGCAUUAGUUCUAGGGAAGGUAAAACUUCAGCUGUGUGUUCUAUGAGUUUGAUGGCACACCGCUGAUGGCAUUCGAAUGAAUCAAAAUGGCCGCUGCCACGUGUUCGGUUUUCUAAUGGCGGCCACUUCGACUACUUCGGCACUUCGGCUGUAUCCGAAGUGCCAAUUUAAAGUUGCAACACUGCUCCAAGGUAAUUAAAGGGCCAGAAACAGCAUUAUAAAAAUCCAUUAUGACCAAAUCAGUUCCUUAACCCCUCAAGGACACAUGACAUGUGUAACAUGUCAUGAUUCCCUUUUAUUCCAGAAGUUUGGUCCUUAAGGGGUUAAAGGGCAAUACAUCCCAGGGGCCAUAGUCACAUGGCAGGAGGCUGGCAAUCAAUCUUCUCCAAUGCCCAGUGGUGAGGUCGGUUUCGCCACAAUCAGUAUGUAUGUAUCUGUGUGUAUGUGUAUCAGAAUGUAUGUAUCUGUGUAUGUGGGCAUCCUUGUGUAUGUGCGUGUAUGUGUGUGUGUGUGUGUGUAUCAGAAUCUAUAUAUCUGUAUGUGUGCUUAUAUCUGUGUGUAUGUGUAUCAGAAUGUAUGUAUCUGUGUAUGUGGGUAUCCUUGUGUAUGUGUGUGUAUGUAUGUAUCUUUGUGUGUGUGUGUGUGUGUGUGUGUGUGUGUAUCAGAAUGUAUAUAUAUGUAUGUGUGCUUAUAUCUGUGUAUAUGUGUAUCAGUAUGUAUGCUUAUGUGUGUGUAUAUGUAUCAAUGUGUUUGUCUUUAGUGCCUAUCUGCGUGUGCUUGCAUGUUUAAUUAUUCCUCUAACAAGUUAAAUGCAGACACUGAGCAGGAAGGAUAAAGAGAGCUUAUGCUUUGUUUCUGAUUGUUGGGAAUUUCAAACAAAGACACAAAUCCUUCAUGGCAACAAUGGCAGUAGGUGCAAAACAUAGCUCCCCGAUGAGCUGGUUAAUGCACAAGCUAUGAGGAUGGUUAAUUGUUGGAAAUGUAUAAUAUUAGGAGUAAAGAGGGGGAAUUAUCAAGUGGGCCUCAAAUCCCUUAUCUUACAUACGGCAUAUGUGUUUCUAUGAUUUCAAACUGAGACCUGAUUUAUUAAAAUCAGUCUACUGUCGGUUGCCGCAUGUCUAGAUCCUCCAGCACUAAUCUGGAGUCAGAAGACUGCAGUGUAGCUUGGCAUGCAACCUUUUACCAGUUCUAACCAGGGAGCCCCGGGCUACUGAGUAUCUCAAAAGGCAUGUAGGAGCAGAAGCCAAAUGUUUGAGGGUUCGUUCUACAUCCACAGUGGUACAACACUACCAUCUAGUGCUAGAGCUCAGAUGUUGCAUGAUCAAAUCAUUUAAUAUUUCUUUCAUUAAUAUAUUUGUUAAAAAUCACACAAUCCAAUCAACAAUCAAGACCCUGUAGGUGAGAACAGUAGAGGCAAUGUCUAGUUUCUCAUCCAUUUAAGCCAGGAUAUUUUUAAGCGAUUGAUAAUGGAUUACAAGCACCUCUGAAUAGUUUACUUGACUACAGCAAAGUAAAUAGUUUAACUAUUUGAUCCAUGAAUGAAGAACUUUGAACCAAUAGCUGAAAUAAAUGAAUAAAAAAUAUGUUUGUUCUCCCAAUGCAUCACAAGUCAUGAUAUUAUUCAUAAAAUUAAUAAAAUACAUAAUGUGAAAGAUCUUCCAAGAUAUGCGUUCAAUAAACAUCAAAGCGUCUCUGAAUCAUGUUUACUGUUGGUGUUUUUUGGGAUUAUAAAUUCAACAUAGAAGAACAUAGGCAAAUAUUUAAGUAUGAUGGUUAACAAAGUACUUUUCUGCAUAGCGUGUCCUCAAUAUGACAGUGCAUAUUGGGUUUCCAUAAUUUAAUAAUUACAGUGAGGUAUUAGGCAUGUGAUUUUAAGCAUGUGUUAAUCAUAGGUAAUAUAUUUGCCAGUGCACUUUCAGAAGCUUAAUCCAACAAUUCUGUCUCAUUUACAGGUUCUACACCUGACCAUGGAAAGGUUGGCCAUUUGUCUGCUGAUGAUAAGCACGUCUCUCAAGGCCAUGAUGUGCCCCAAGAGAUGUUCAUGCCAAAAUGUGUCUCCAUCCUUCACAAUCCUUUGUACCAAGACUGGCCUUCUUUUUGUGCCCCCUACCAUUGACAGGAGGACAGCAGAGUUGAGACUCAUGGACAACUUCAUAACUACAAUUAGAAGGAAAGAUUUUGCAAACAUGACAGAACUUAUACACUUAACUCUAACUAGAAAUACCAUUAGUCAAGUCAUGCCUUAUGCUUUCCUUGAUUUGAAAGGCCUCCAUGCCUUGCAGUUGGAUAGCAACAGGUUAACUUUUGUCAGUGAGGAACAUUUUAAGGGUCUGUUCAACCUCCGACAUUUAAUCUUGAAUAACAACCAGUUAAGUUACAUUGCUCCAGGAUCAUUUGAGGAUUUUAUAGACACACUUGAGGAUUUGGACUUAUCCUACAACAACUUAGUGAACAUACCUUGGGAGACCAUUGGUAGACUUUCCAGUGUUAACAAUGUAGCGUUAGAUCACAACCUCAUUGAUUAUGUUCCUGAAGGGAUAUUCUCCAAUUUACACAAACUGGCUAGACUGGAUAUGACCUCCAACAAACUGAAAAAGAUUCCACCAGAUCCUUUGUUUUCUAGAAUCCCUGUUUAUGCCAAAUCUAAAGGCUCCCCAAUAACCUCCCUAGUGCUCAGCUUUGGAGGAAAUCCACUUCAUUGCAACUGUGAGUUAAUGUGGCUUCGACGUCUGACCAGAGAAGAUGACUUGGAAACGUGUGCUUCACCCUUAGAGUUAAUGGGCAAGUACUUCUGGUCAAUAAAAGAGGAAGAAUUUGUUUGUGAAUCUCCCAUGAUAACCCACCGAACUCCUAAACAGAUAGUCAUGGAAGGCCAAAAUGUGUCAUUGAAGUGCAAAGCUGUUGGUGAUCCUGAUCCCUAUGUGCGAUGGAUUUCACCAGAUGGAAAGCUUGUUCCCAACAGCACAAGGACUAUGUCCUAUGAGAAUGGAACUUUGGAUAUUCUCACAACCCUAUUCUCAGAUCGUGGGAACUUUACCUGUAUUGCAUCCAAUCCAGCAGGGGAAUCUACUGCUACCGUGGAACUCAUUGUAAACCCAUUCCCUAAUCUUGCCAACAGCACCAACUGUGAUAAGGAAGCAGAGUCAGGCCUCUCAGAUAUACUGACGCCAGCCAAGUCUAAUGAAACUAAAACUCUCCACGAUAAGAAGGUUGUGGUUGCAGAGCUGACCUCAUCCUCGGCUCUCAUCCAGUGGUUUCCCCAGAGUCACAUCCCCAGGAUAAGGAUGUACCAAGUUCAGUACAAUAGCUCGUCAGAUGAUAUCCUCAUUUACAGGUAG